CACUCACUAGUUGUGUCUCGCGUUCUCGCAGAUCUCGAGCAAACCUGCCAACCCAUCUACUUCCUGUAGUCAGCAAUUCCAUCCCUAACUGAGGGAAAAAAAGGGAAGGAAGCAUUUUCUAAGUGUUCUAAAUAUGACGUUCUGAAGAGCAACCUCCACUUGGUCGUCCGUCCGCAACACCCACGAGCUUCCUCAUAUAGAUACCAUAACUGUUUCUCAUGUUUUAUAUCGCAUGUGUGCUGGGAGGCCGUUGCAUCGAUCGUGGGUAGAAGUAGAACACGCCGUGGGUUCAAAACAAGACGUGUAUUAACCCUGCAAAUCCAUGGCACGGAGAAUACAAUAGAUGCUCAUCUUUUUUUUGCAUGAAAGUGAAAUCAGUUCAAACUCGGAGCUUGGGAAGGGAAGGGAACUCGACUUACGUUCUAUCAGAAUCCCAAGUGCGUUCAUGUAUUGGAAAAAUGAGGUUUUGGCCCCUCUACCAGAGGGAAAUAAGUUUUUAUCCGAAGGAAUUCCCUCAAAACAGGUGAUUUCUCCAGAAACGCCGCAGAGUACACCGGGUGCCUCGCGCUGCGUGGAAGCCAAAUACACACACGUCAUGUCUCACUCGGACGGAGAAUCGCACCGAUCGAACAUGGAGAGGGAGGACACGCGCUCCUCCCCGAGUCCCCCCUCUACCCCGUAUAUCUGCUCGCCUAUCUCCACCGCCUCCUCCGUGCCGUCCACCGGGAAGAACGUGUGCGCGAGCUGUGGUUUGGAGAUCCUGGACAGAUACCUUCUCAAGGUAAAUAACUUGAUCUGGCACGUGAGGUGUCUGGAGUGUUCUGUCUGCCGGACGUCGUUACGUCAACACAACAGCUGUUACAUCAAAAACAAAGAGAUCUUCUGUAAAAUGGAUUAUUUCAGUAAGUUCGGUACAAAGUGUGCCCGGUGCGGCCGCCAGAUCUACGCCAGCGACUGGGUGCGUCGAGCCAGGGGCAACGCCUACCACCUGGCGUGCUUCGCCUGCUUCUCCUGCAAGAGGCAGCUGUCCACGGGGGAAGAGUUUGGCCUGGUGGAGGAGAAGGUGCUCUGCAGGAUCCACUACGACACCAUGGUGGAGAACCUCAAACGAGCUGCCGAGAGCGGCAGUGGCAUCACUCUGGAGGGGGCAGUGCCGUCAGAGCAGGACAGCCAACCCAAGCCUGCCAAGAGAGCACGCACCUCCUUCACUGCUGAGCAGCUGCAGGUGAUGCAGGCUCAGUUUGCGCAGGACAACAACCCUGAUGCACAGACCCUGCAGAAGCUGGCGGACAUGACGGGUCUAAGCAGGAGAGUCAUACAGGUUUGGUUUCAAAACUGCAGAGCAAGACACAAAAAGCAUACCCCCCAGCACAGCGGACCCCCACAAGGCCACCCCCAGUCCCGGAUGCCCCCUUCGCUGCCUGACGACCUGCAUUACUCCCCCUUUGGCAGUCCUGAGAGGGCGCGCAUGGUGGCCCUGCACGGAUACAUCGACAGUGAGUGUUACGUUGGCCACCCAUUCUCCGUUCUAACAACACAGAGCCUGAACCCCCAUCAAGCCAUGUCGCUGCCCCAGCUACCCCUCAGCCGCUAACUAAUGUACGCUGCCGCUGCCACCCCCCCCCCC